UCAACAAGCAUCUUAUUAAAGUUCUUAUAUUGGAAUAAAUUGUCGGCAUUUUUUGUAAAUUUUUUUGUAUUGUGCUGCAAAUUUUUGAGUUUUGUUUUUUAAAUUUGUGAAAAUAAAUAUAAAAUUUCUUCAAAAUGGAAGUCAUACCCGAUGAUAUGUGGUCUCCAUUUAAACAAAUGUAUAAAAUCAUCGAGCAGACUAUUCUCAGUCCCACCGAAGAUUUAAUGGCAAACUUGGAAAUGUGUUUGAAGCGGAAUAGACAAGUUUUUGCCAAUCUUCUGAAAAAUCCUCCAAAAAAUGAGCGCAAUCGUAAAGAGUUACAAAAACACAUUGCCCAGGGUAUACCGGUUACGGCCAAUAGAAGAACCCUAAUUUUAUCUAAGGAUCUAGUGGAUGAGUGCUUCAUCAUUUCCGAUAUGUUUGAUUUAGAUGAGUAUUUGGCUUUGGAGCUGCUAUGCACUGCUCAGCGUCAGAUAAAUCAAUACCCCGAACUACCACGUGGAUUAAUUGCAGUCCUUUUGUAUUAUGAUGGACGCAAAGCGGUGGCAAAUUCGGUACGCGAUUUAUUUCAAAUUAUAAGUGGAGUAUCAUGGGUUUCCGAAGUACCCAAAGAGUUGAUAUCAAUGGCCUCUUCAUUCUCACAGUCUUUGGUCGAUGACUCUAAUAUAUUGGAAAGAAUUGUAGAUCUUUUGGAUGAAUUAGAUAUAACAAGUGAAAUGGUGCUGUUGACCAAAAACCGAGCUCUUGGCUCCAAUAAACAUCGUAAUCAAAUAUCCGAACUUUUCGAAGAAAUACGCAUGUCUCUGGCCAUGGCUUUAUUCAACUGGUCGGCCCAACGAAGUUUGCCUAAGAACGUAGUCAUCAAACUGUUUAAAAAUCUUUCGAAAUAUAAAUCCAGUGAAUCCACCGGCAUGAUUGAUGAUACUACUUUAACUAUGCUUAUGUCGGUGAUUUAUUCAUACGAUACUAAUAUCUUACAAAAACAGGAUGAUAAUCGUUUAAUUAAUAAUUUAAAUAUUAUCAAAGACAAUGAAUUCAUACAGCAGUUGUAUAUGGCUUUAAUGAACGAUAAAAGUUUGGAGAACAACAAUAAUAAUGGCAUAAAAAAUUUCAUUAAAUUUUCAUUUGGUUUGGCUAUAUCGGGUUUGCGUCAUGCCUCACAGUAUCUACAAAAUUCUUCCUCCAUUGUAACCGAUUAUGAUGAGCAGCUGGUGGACGAUGCUAUAUGCAGCAACAUUUUUAAAUUUAUACACAAUUCCAUAAUUGAAAAGGAGAUUAUUUAUAAAAAUCAAUUCUUUUAUAGACGUAUCCAUAUGAUCUUCACCGAUUUCAUUGAUUUUAUGCAUUCAAAAGUAACCGAAUUACGUGGUAGAGCAGAUGAGACGGCAAAAACUCUUAUUAGUUUUGCCAAAGAAGGCCUGGAGCCUCCCAGUAACUUGGAUCAUAACUUCGAAAUGCUAUUGCUGUGUAUAGGUAAAUUUUAUAAAGGCAAUAAAGCUGGUCUUGGUUUGUGUGUGGAGUAUUGGGGACCUCUCGAAACUUCAGCAAAUUGUGUUACUACCACACGUUCAGUUUCUCUGUUCAAGUUUAUACGCUUAGCAGGAGAGCUGUUGCCCUCAACACUGUUUGUGCCCUAUUUGAAAAUGAUAGCUGGUUUAGCGAGCUGUGAUAGAUCUGCUAGGUGCACAUUUAAUCUAUUAAAGCAGGCUUCAGGUUUAACAGGAAGUACUGCUUUGUCUUGGGAACACUUUUUCUCCUGUUUGAAUAGAUAUUAUACCAACUUGAAGCAGGAAUAUCAUACAGCAAGUGAUACGAUUUACAGAAGCCGCAUUUCUAGCCGCAAUAUUAAUCCCGAUGAAAUUGAAGGCUUGAGAGCAGUUUUGGAGGUAAUAAAAGCUGUUACCACCUAUGAUGAUGUGGCGCGUAUUGCUAUAUGUGAACAUCCCAACUGGAAUCCUUUAUAUACCUUGAUAGGUCUAUUGGGCUGUUCGGUGCCAUUGCACUUAAAAGCAGAUAUUUUGCAAACCUUAGCCGCCUUGGCUCAAUCUAAGGAAACUGCCACCCUACUGUGGGACAACUUGGAAGCUUCACAGAUUAUAGCCACCAUACCCACUAAUGUACAAUAUGAAAUCUGUAAUUUAGAAGUUGAAAUUGAACAGAAUGAAUGCCGCUUAGAGAAAUAUCCAUUAUCAGAAGGCAUCUUAGAUUUACUUUAUUCCCUAAUAACCACUGUUAUACCCAAACAUUUGGGAAAUGGACCACGUAAACCAGGCUUCGAACCUUACUUGAAAUUUUUAAUAAAUGGCAUAUUUUUAAAAUUCUACAAUAGAACCUAUAAAGAUCCUGCCGAAAAAUGGAAUAUUGGUUCGAAAUGCCUCAAAAUUAUCCACUACUUAUUGGAUAUUUAUGCUAUAAAUCCCAAGGAUUUUGCUGAAACCUUUGACAAUCCCACUCCCCCAGGAUUUUAUAUUAUGCUGCAGUUGCACACUAAAUCGGAUAUGUUGCGUUUGAUCCUACAAAUCAUAGAUGAUUCACGUUUACAAUUAGAUGAUUGCAAAAAGUUUAAGGGCAAAAGCCAAUUAGAGGAAUGUGCUUUGUAUUGUUUGAAAAUAGUUAAGCUGGGCUUGAAGUAUCAGGAUAUUUACUUUGAUGCCCACUCAAAUGCCAAUAGUGCUAUUAUGCUUUCUGGUUUAAAUAAAAUCCUGUUAGAUGUUAAUCCACGCAGCAAGAAACCAGAUCAUAUAUUAAAUUCCACCUACUUUUUGACAUUUUUCAAUUGGUUACCCUACCACACUUUGGAAGCCAUUAAAAUUCUACAUAUGAUUUCCAACCAGCCGAGCGCUAAUUCACAAAUUGUGGGCAUAUUCACACAAAAUGAAACUACUAAAACUAUAUUACGCCAAGGUUUUGUUGAGUGUUUGGAAAGCGAAUAUAUACCGCUCAAAACUGAAGCGGAGGUCAAUGAACUGGUAUUUGAGGAUUCCAAUGAAAUACCCAAAAUUAAACUGGAAAUCAAAGAAGCCAUUAUACGUUUGAUACAAAGUUGCCUGUGUCAACAUACCCCCAAUCUGGGGCAAUUCCUAAUGGGAUUCGAGCACUUAAAAGAUAUCCAAAUGCACAAGGGACAAAGGCAUGGUAUACUCGAAAUGGGCAUUAAUUGCACUAAAUCCAUAGUAUCGUUGUUGGAAAAUCAUCUAGAGAUGAAAACCAAUAAUCUAAGUUUUGAUGUGGAUGUCGAGAGAGUAAUAGAACGUUCAUUUGAGCUGCUGCAUACGGUAUGCGCUAAUCCUAAAACUUCUGAUCAAGUUUUGCGUUAUUUACGCAGUAGAAACGAUUUCCUAUGCCGUUAUUUAAUGCUGGUGCCUUCGCUGAAAGUGGACAAUUCCCAUGUCAUCAAUCAAAUAAGUAAUUUACUAAAAUGCAUAGCCAUUGAAUUGAAGAUAACAGCUUCAAAUUGUCAGCUAAGUAGAUUCCAGCAUAUAUCGGAAAUAUUUUUGGGCAUUAAUUCCAAAAAUAAACAAGAAUCCACCAUAGAAUUGACACAUUUCUAUACGAAUGCAAAUUUCGAUACCAGCAAGCAUCUUUCUUCCGGACAGAAAAACAAUAUAUUAUGUGAACUUUUCAAUAGAAUUGAUUUGGAUCUACAACUUAUCGCCACACCACAAUGGGAAUUUUUCGAUAGAGGUUUGAUAGAACAGAUACUAAAAGAGUGCGAAUAUAAAACGGAAGAGGGUCAUAUGUUGGUGGAUUUAAAGAAAAUGCAUCAUAUCUUACACAGUGAAUUGAAAAUGGUACAAAGUACCAUAGCCAGUGGUCAGAGAAGACUUAUCUUACAGGAAAUCGAAUCAGUUUUACUGCAUGCCCUUAAAGUCAACGAACAGAGAAAUAAACGUUUCGCCACUGUCAAGUUUGUAGAAUCCUGGGGUUAUGUUACCGAAAUACUUUUCAGCUGUGUCACUAGUUGUGCUUUUCCGGCGGAAAAGAAGCAAGAAUUGAUAAUUGAAAUCUUACAAAGAAUUUUAAUGAAAGUGGCACCCAAUCAGAUUAUUUUGGAAAUGUCUGUCAUCAUUUCUGGCACUAUACUAUUGCUGCUGGUAAAUUUACGUUGUUGUUUUAAUAAUGUUCCAGAAAGUGAUUUGAAAUCCGUCGAAGCUAAUGACUCGGAAAUUAAUCAAACACAAUCAUCUAAGUCCAAUACGCUAAAUCUUAAAUGUAUUUUAAAAUAUAUUUUGGAAUGGAUUAUAGUAAGUGGUGUGGCUUCCCAAAAGCUGCGUAUUAAUCUCUAUGCAUCUUUGCUUAAUUGUCUGCGCAUCAUCAGAGAUCAAAGUACCAAGAAGACUACGAAUCAAACGAAUCAAAACUACAUCACCCGUUUGGAUAAAUCCAGUGGUAAUGAUUACAUGUCAUCCGAUUCCACUUAUAUAAGAAUGGCUGUUGAGGUUAUUUUGCAGUUUGGAGAAAAGCUAAUUGAAAUAAUAUGCCAUGAUUGUGUGGCUGGUCAUGAAAUCUGCAAAAUGUCUGCCUUGGCCUGCAUAGAUGUUUUAUUGGAUAUAGACACCAUGUCUGGCAUUAUGAAUUUCAUAUCACAUCAUGGCUAUUUGUCGCACAUUGUGGAAAGUUUGGCUAAAUCUGAUGAAGAACUUUGCAACACUUUAUCCAAUAUACCAGAGAAUAUGAAAUACUUGUAUGUUUAUGAAUCGAAAAUGUCCAUGCUAUUGCGUUUAGCCAACACUCAUGCUGGUGCUGAACUUUUACUUUCCAAUAAAGUUUUAGAUGUCUUGUCCAGCAUGCGGGUGUUUGAUAUGCAUCCCGAUUUUAAACGCAGACAGGAGUGGCAUCAAAACGAUUUGCAAGAAUUUGUGCCCCGUGUAGACACUCGUUAUAGGCAAAUACUAUUCCCAGCUUUAAAUUUGUGUGACUGUUUGGUAACAACUCUGGGAACGGAAAACUAUUCUGUUAUCUCACAAGUAAUGCACUUUUUACUCUCGCAUUGCGAUAUGAUUGAAAUAGUUUUGAGAUCUGGAUCACCUUUUUCCGAUGUAGGCUUAUUGCAAGAAGUCUCCUUCAUCACCGGCAUCAUAGCAAGAACUUUUAGCCAGGAAGCCUUUGCAGCUAGAAAUUCAGAUUUGAUGGGCGAUAUUGGUGUCAAUGUGUAUAGAAUAAAAAAACUCAUGUUAUCACUUUAUCUACGUUUCACUGUCAACGAUGCCAACUUUAAGGAGAUACAGAAAUCAGGACAUGCUCUAUACGAUGAAUCGACAGAUAAUACCUCAUCAGUUCAUAUAACGUAUUUCUUGGAAAUAGCCGCCAAUUUGAAUCUGUUCUGUCGCAACAUUGUCACUAACAAUUCGGUGGAUCAUAGAACCAAUGGUCUCUUGUUUUCUCCCACAAUAAGUGAAGGUGUUCACAUGGAAGAUAAUCGCAACAGUACUAUAUAUCAUCAGUAUAAUCUGGGAAUUAUAAUAAACCAAUUAAAGGGUUCCGUUGAAUAUUAUCAUUCGCAGAAAACCAUAUUAGACGGCUUAUAUCGCCAAAGAUCUGUUCUUAUUCACUCGAGUUUCGAUUCGUCGGCCAAUGAGAAGUACUUGCAAAUAAUAAAACAACAUGAAGACAAACAAAUACAACUAUCCCUAUGCGUCUUUAUCAUCGAACAAUGUUUAUAUCUACUCUGGAGUCAUCUAGACUAUUAUAUGCGUUACAUAUCGUCCAACAAUCGCGAUGUUAUUCUCCUCUAUGCCGACAAUAUGCAUGGCAUUGGUGCUGGUAAUGCUUUAAAUUUUACCAAUGAGGAAAUGGUGAAUUUAAAGAAAACUCUCAUUUCGGUUUUCAAUGAAACCUUUUCGAAGAAAUUAUGCUCCAUUAUGGAUGUGUCACAAGAUGUGGAAACUGAUUUUAAUAAUGCCCUUUUACGAAGAAUUAAGUCUAUAAUACAAUUUUUUCCCAUUAAAUAAUUGAAUCAUUGUAAUUAAAAAAACCUUAAAGAAAGAAGAAAAAUAAAGAAUGUUGUGUGUUGUUAAUAAUAAAAUUAAAAUAAAAUUGAUUUGCAUUUGAAUCUUAUAACCAGAGAAGAAAAAUUUAUUUAUUAUUUUUGAUCGUUUUUUGCAUUUGGCAAAUAAAAUGUUUUUAUGUAAUUUUUAUAUUCUUUAAAUUUCUUUUUUUGCAAAAAUAAAACAGGAUU